GUCAGCAAAUAGCUCACGCGCCAUGCUGCAUUGGCCAUGUGUACCGGUUUGAUCUAGUUUUAAGACAGCGGGUCAUAACGGUCUAAAGCCAAUGUUGGUAUUUAUAGUCUAUUAUAGAUCAAUAUACACUGUCUUACACCCGGAUCAAAUAACCCAAUUUCAUCUUACUCUACGUUAUAUUAUGGCAUUUUGUAGACUUGAGUUUGGUCCGCAUCCACAAGACAUGUAAACGCACAUUUUCACGAGUUUUACAAAUUAUUUAAUAAUUUAAGAAAUAAAAUGAAAAAUACAGUACUCUAAUUAAGUCUGUCUUUGGAUUCUUUGCACGUAGCUCUCAUUACUGAAGUUAGAUAAUCCAAAAUGGUCUACUCGUCAGUUCCCAUAGACAGAGGAUGGGCAUGGAUGAUAGGAUUUGGUGCCUGCGUACAAAACAUCAUUUUGCUCGGUGUGCUUAAAUCAUUUGGUAUUGUACUGGUAGAAAUCAUAGAAGAGUUUGGUUCGUCAUCUUCAAUGGCAUCAGCUAUCAUCAGUGUCCAAUCAACAUGCCAUGGGUUUACAGUUCCGGUUGUUCUGCAUAUACUAACAGCAAUAUUCAGCAUAAGACAAGUUAUGUUAUGUGGAUCUGUUAUAGCUUCUUUGGGUGUUGGACUAGGGUUUUUUGCUAUGAAUGUUGAAUUCCUUUUAUUUACGUAUGGAGCUUUACUCGGAAUUGGCAAUGCCUGUCUGUAUGCACCAAGCUUAGUAAUGAUAGGCCAAUACUUUGAUAAAAGACGCGGACUGGUUACAGCUUUAGCAGUGGCUGGUGGUAGUGUCGGACAGUUGACCGCACCGCCGGUUAUAAGAUAUCUGUUUGAUACUUAUGGUUUUCGUGGAGGGCUUCUUUUAAUGAGUGCUCUAACACUCCACUGCGCUGUAACUAGUUCCUUAAUGAGACCCGUUUCUUAUUAUACUCACAACGCAGAGAUAGAAAAUUCAAAACCUAGAACCUUGUGUUGUAAUAAAGGAUCAAAUGAAAGUGUUACUCAAGAGCAACUUGAGCCACUGGAAAAGAACACAAGUAACGGAGUGGUCUCCAAGAUGCAAAACGGUGACACAGAAUCAGAUGAAAAGACAUCUUGUGCAAAUCUCAUAGAACUGUCAUUACUAAAGAAUGUCAAAUUUAUUUUAUUACUCUUAUCUUCGUGCCUUGGAACGGUGGGCGCCAUUUAUAUAGGCAUGUAUAUACCACCACAUGCAAAGGAUCUAGGCUUCAAGGACCAUCAAAUAGUUUGGUUUAUAACCAUUAUCGGAGCUUCUGAUUUAGUGGGCCGAGUAGCAUGUGGUGCGCUAGCUGAUACCAGAAUUAUUCAGUGCCAAAAUUUAUUAAUCGCUUCCUUUCUUAUAAACGGUUUAUUUGGCAAUUUGGUGUUUUCACUUAGUCGAUACUGGCAUUUCUGUGUAUUUUGUGUAAUGUAUGGAUUGUUGGGGAGCCACUACUUUUCCCUCAUCAGUCUGAUUUUAGUAGAUUUCUUUGGACUAAAGAUGCUUACUAAAUCGUUUGGCUUCUUGAUUUUCUUGGAGGCUAUUACUAACGGUAUAGGGCCAUUGAUACUGGGUUAUUUAAGAGAUGAAACUGGUGAUUAUCUGGCAUCAUUCUACUACAUGGGUAAUACGUCUAUACUGGCGGCUUUUAUACUAUUUACAACGCGGUUUUUCCAUUCAAACUUAAUCUAUAGGAAACCAUCUAUAGUAGUAGAUCCAGAAAAUAAUAAAAGUUUGUUGAAAUCACCAGUCAGCUAAACAUACGAAGUCUUUAGUUGAGGUUCCAGAAUUUCUUCACCCGAUAUUCUAGGUUUCAGUCGUAAGGAAUGGCGUUAGUGGGUACAGAUGAAGUCCUACUCCUACACCAACAUAUGUUAGUGAAUGCAGAUUAGUCUCAUGAAGACUUUGGUAUCCUCAGCACCGUUAAAUUUUAUUAACAUACAAAAUAUAGUUCAAUUGUGAAAUUUAUAUCUAAUUUAUGGAAAAACAAAUUUGGAUUACUUUGUCCAUGGAACUAGUUUAAAAAAUGUAUCCCCCUGUGUUAAACAGAAUAUUGCGUACUGGGAGAACAGACUAGAAGAACACUAAUAAAUAUUAUGGUUAUAGAUGUUACUGACAAAAUCCAAAAUUAAUGAUUAGGAACAAUACAUACAUUACUUUGGAAGAGAAACAUCGAAGCCAAAAUCAGCCCCUUCUCGCGGGAUUUAAUUAUGGUACGCAUGUCUUCAUUAACAGAUAUAUCGUAUAAUUUCAAAUCACAAUCAUUAUUUGUGUGUUUCUGAUAUAUUGCGUCUAUACGUGUAUAUAUUUGAUUAAUCAAAUUAAAAUGAAUUGUAUGUUUUUUGUUUUUGAUAUGUAUAUACUACACAUCAUAUGAAAAAAGUCAAAUCGUUUCAUGGAUAAGCGACCCCCCCCCCCCCAAAAAAAAAACAACCCACUACCUUACUGGUUUUUGUCGGUGUUUAGUAAAACCGUUUCUUUCAAAUUUCGAUCAUCUUGGACAUCAUGUGUAGAAUAAGUAUAUCUUUGCUUGUAGGUCAUGUUUUACAAUACCAUGGGCGCUACUUGCCCAGAAUCGCCCGUCUGAUUAAGACCGUUGUUGCCAAUAUUAUAAUUCGAAAUCAUUUUAUCACUUUUUUUAUACAAUCAUUUAAAGUUUGGACAUAUAUAACAUAAUUUCCUUGUCGGUUCUUGUCGGGGAUUAGUUGAACAGUUUCUUUUGGUACAACGAGGAACUGAAUGUGAGCCCUUUAAGUGUAUUUGCUGUUAUGAUAAUUUAAUUUAUAGUGUGUUUUGUCCACAAGAAAAAUAAUCCGAUUCAAUACAAUAAUUUCAAAGGACAUUAAUAUUCAUUAUGCAAUAUACAUGUGUGUUAUUGGGAUUUAUGUACGAAUAUAUUAUCUUAUUGUACGUGUUUUGUUAGAUAUUUAUAUUGGUUUGAUAUCCUUCCAUAUCGUGCCGAAUAACUUUUACAGAGCAUUUCAUUAAACUUAACAGAAAAUAUUAGUCUGUUGUACACACGCAAUCAUUUUAUAUAUAAACAUUGGAGUUUUA